CGAAGUGAAAGUCUUUCUUCAAAUCAAAAUUUAAAUUUAAAUCCCUCUCUCUCCAUCGAAAUCUAAAUCAUUUGCAUAAAUAUACAAGUCCAAAUGUGUACCACAAAGAAGUUAAAAUGUUUCUGUGAUCGACGAACGAUUGAUCGAACAAAGGGCCGAAGAUGUGACAGAAAGGAAUUCGAUGUUCGUGCACAUCCUCGUCUGGGACAGACGAUACACCGGCCAUUUCUUCGCGGACCUUCUGACCGGGCUGUUCAACGUCACGUCGUAUUUGCAGCACGUGAUCCUCGUGAUACCUCCUCGGAUUAUUAUACCAGGCGUGGACGUGUUCGAACAGCAGAUGAUCAAGAUCCCGCCACGAUACUUGACCGAUAAGCCCUCCGUGCAGUCGAUCUACAUGACCAAUCGUCACCUAGAAAAUCCCAGGCUGAAAGUUCGACGCGUUGUAGAAGAGGAUAACGACGACGUAGUAACGAUCAUCGACGCAGAAACGAGUCUCGUGAAAGAAUUCUACGGGGAAUUCUACGUCAGCGAGAUAGUCCGCCAUCCUGACAAUUGUCGACGAUUGAUCGUUUCCGAGGAUGACGAAGGUUUGGCCACCGGUGUGAUGUUUCUGAACAGCAAUAUCGACCUGGAUACGCUCAACGAGAAUUUCGAGUUAAUACCGUACAACGGUCUCAGAAAACCUCACGAAAUGGACAAGUAUCCCCCGGAAAUCAUGCAACCAGCCAGCGAAAUUUUCUUCUCCAUUUUCUCGAGAACACCUCGCGACGAACCUACGAAAGAAUUCUCCGAGAAACUUUCACCGGAAGGGAGUAUGGAAGCCUUCAAGGACGCAGACUUUAAUACUUCUCGAACCACUGUGACGUCCAACAGCCAACUGUUGUUGGAAUUCGAACGACCUACGUUUGCGAAGAUAUCGACUGAUCCAUCGUUACUGUUUUUCCUCGAUCCGCGAUCGACGGUUACCAAUUACUAUCAGAUGAAAGUGAUGAGCAGCGCGUUCGCGGAGUCGUUCUUCAGGAUUCCACGGAGAACUGUGGUUAUGUCUCGCGAGUUCUUCGAAGAUUUGGUGUUCGACAAGAUCGACGCCCCUUCGCAGCCAGUUUAUCACGGCGACGUUAACGCGUUCGUUCUGGAGAUUUUCACGAUGAGGGACGAAAUGAAAUGUCGCUGGAGCAGGAACUUCGUCGAGGCUGCGUUCGAGUGUUAUCCCGAAAUGGACUACUGUGUGACACUUCUGCCGUUCUCUCAUCCUUUCCUCCCCCUUCUCAAACACUUCGUGCGCGUGCCGUUGAAGUGCAACAAGGAUUAUCCGAUGACCUUGUACGUGACGCAUCGUGCCGCUCUUCUGGGCCAGAUAAGAAUCCGAGAGGCGAUGUUCUCCGACAGGGAGGGCGUGCUGGAUCUUUUGCAAAGAGUUCCAAAAUCGAAACAGGUUUUGAUGGACUUCGACGCCGCGAUGAACCGAAAGCCAUCAGGAACGCGGUGUUACGUGUUUCAAUGGAACGACAUGAUUGUAGGCGUAACGAUUCUUCGCGCCGAGAAUGAAGUCACGUACGUCAGGCGGCGUUAUCACGUGGAAGAUUACAUCGCGGAGAUGAAUAUACGUGGCGACGCGUACGGGCGUAUUCUACAUUUCAUCCUGAUGCCGAUUUUCUCCGUUCAUCUGCCCUACUUCUUCUGCGAGAUCUCCCGUUUCAGCGGCAUGAUCGUUCUUUACUAUCGUCUCGCGGAAAAAGCGUCGAGCGCAUUGACUCGUACGCAUCCCCUAACGAUCUGCUUGAACUCGAUGAUUCCCGUGAAACCUCGUAAAAGAAUAGAAUACAAGUAUUACGGUCUCGUGGAAACUGACGAGCCCGACGAACAGAAGGACGAGCCAUUUUCGCUUUUUAUGACGACACCGAGGCUGGCGAUGAUGCCGAGGUCGAUCAUCGAUUCGAAGGUGGUCGUGGUCGGCGCCUCGGAUUGCGGCGUUGCGUUCGUCGAGCAGCUUGCCUUUGGACACAGCUUCGUGCGAUUCGCGAACAUCACUCUGAUAUCGCCGAACGGUUUGCCCUUCGAAGAGGAGGAUGAAACGAGCGAGCGUUUGCUACCCUUCAAAGGUCGAUACUGUCGAAAAUAUCGUCGACUGACAGGCGCGCGUUCUUGGAUUAAUCUCGUAUAUGGAACAGUGAUAUCGAUUCAGAGGAAAGAAAAAUACGUGACAGUGAUGCACCAAGGGAACAUUACGUACGAUUAUCUGAUUCUCACGUGCGGGAUGCAGUACCAGCGUCCUUGGUUUCAAGACGAGCUGGAGGAACAAAGAAGAGGAGAAUUUUUGGAACACGAAACACCUUGGAAUUGUUUGACUAUCAAUGACGAUGCAGAAGCAGCUAUCUGCCUGGAGAAGAUCAACAAGCUGACGGACAAUUUGAAACGUGAAAAGAGAAUUAUUAUUUACGGGCACAAUAUCGAUUGCUACUGCGCCCUUCAAGGACUGCUCGAAUUUGGGAUAGAGGGAUCUUGGAUCACACUGAUCCAGCCGCCGUUGCAAGAAUGCGAAACUCACGAAAGUGCCUUCUUCGAUAACUGCGAAGUGUACGCAGAGGUGAUGAAGUCGAUUUCAAGGAGCAACAUCGAGAUACUCGUGGGAUGGGAAUUGACCGAUUGGAACCUAAGAGAUUCGUUAGAUGGAAGAAUGAUUGAAACGAUCGUCGUCCGUUUGAAAGGCAAGCUGAGAACGCUGGAAUGCGACGCCCUGGUAAAUUUUCGCGAGAAGACCAUCAACAUGACGAUAUUCUUGGCGAUCUGUAAGUCUGGGUUGAUGUUCGACGGCCAGUUGAUCAUAGACACGGAAUUGAGAACGAACGAUCCGUCGAUAUUCGCCGCUGGUACCAUAACCAAGUAUUGCAGGAGGUUCUACUCGGAGAUCUGGCAACACGUGCAUUUCAAUAGCAUAGAGAUAGGCGAGAAAUUGGCGAGGAUUCUUCGAUCGAUCAUCGAAAACGAACAUCGAGGUGUCGAGACGCCGGAGGAAGCGCCCGAAAGACGCAAGAAAGUUUUGGCAAUACCCGUGUUUCGAACACCAAAAGUCGUGGCCUGUACUUUGCCCGGUGGUUAUCGGUAUCUUUACGUGGGAAAGCCUGGGAAACACAUGAUGCGACGGCUUGCGAUUCAUUAUAACAUUUACGGUCAAGUGCUGGUAACUGGAUCGUGCACGUCAGACAUUGGUUACUUUCGCAUACGAUUGAAUCGAUUCGACGUAAUAGAGACAGUAACGUGUUUCACCAAACAGAAUAUCGAGGUUCAUCAUAUGAUCACGUUGUAUGGAAAGCACGAAAGCUUGCUGAACGAGUUGAAGACACGCUUUGAAAAAUCGCUGAUCGCCGAUUUUUACGCGUACUUCCGGGAACCGUGGGCAAUGGCGGUCUUCUACGAUAGAUUCGAGUGUCUUCGAGUGGAGAAUCGAGCUACGCUCCUGUCGAAAACGGCAAUUCCUGGCCAGUCCUUGGUUGACGAUUGCAUUCGUGCGCUAAUGAAAUCCGAAUGGAACGUGUUAAAAGACAAUGAUCGUCAAGCCAUCCAAUCGAGAUUCGCUGGUUCGGUGUAUCAGCAGGAAAUCGAGGGAAAUUUGCUAGACUUCCUGCAGUUUGCCGAAGAGGACUUGCCUGUUUACUGCACACCUGGAAAAUUACGCGAACUAUAUCUAGACAUCGAGAACAGUCCUCUAUAUACUAAUUUGUAAUUAAAGAGACUCGUGAAAAUGUUUGAAACAUUUACGACUAUGUUACGUGUUGUGUAAAAUAUUUACAAAUUUUCGACGAAAUUAAGAACGUACGUAGCGUAACGUAUAUUUCAGAGAGAUUGCAAAGAUAUUGCGAUAGUCCAUUAAAUUAAUAAACGUCAAUGCAUAAUGGAAUCACUUUCGGUGUCGCAACUGUUGCACGAUUUUUCCAAAUGGAAUGAAAAACGUUUAAAAAAAAAUGGCCAAUUUCGUGAAACAUUUUUCACGAAAAAAAAUCUACC